AUGCCAUUUUCUGUAGACUUUCCAAUUCCACCAUUUGUAAAACCCCGGUGUGGUCAUGUCGCUGUAUAUUAUAAAGAACGAGUCAUACUUUGGGGAGGUUAUUAUAAUGACCCAACCACCAAUCGUGAAUCAUACAUUAAUUGUGAUCAAUUAGACAUCUACAAUCCAUAUACGGGGGAAUGGAAAACUAAAAGACUGACGGGUACUUUGCCUAGUAACAACUGUUGCUCAGUUGGAUGUGUGUUAAAUGGUUGCCUGUACGUUUUUGGGGGAGAGGUGAAUAAUUGCACAAGCUCAAAAACAUUCCUGGUCAAACUGCUAAGCACUUCGGGGGAUAUUCCAUCUCCACGUAAUAAACUAUGUUGUUGGAGAGAAGGAAACAAGAUGUAUGUAUUUGGUGGAUACUGCAACAUGCGAGAUUAUGUCCAUGAAAAUGGACCUUAUAAGAUUGUUAAGGAUACCUUUUCGUACAGAGUAGAUCUAUUUGAAAAUAGAUGCGAUAAUCCUCAUAACGAACUUAAAGACUUAAAUUUUCAAUUCCAGCUCUCAAGCUGUUACGGUUGGAGUAAUGAGUUAUACCAAUUUGAUACAGUUCGAAACGAAUGGAGUUUAGUUCAUACGGACAUAAAGGAUUUACCGGUACCAAGGGCAGCUCAUAGUUGUGUAAAGAUUGGGAAAAAGGUUUAUAUCUUUGGUGGUAGAUUUCAGGAACGGCGUAGGAAUGAUUUAUUUUGUUUGGAUAUGCAAUCAUUAACAUGGAAAACUCUCAAACCGGACACACAGGAUUGUGAAAAUGAACCAGUUGGACGGUCAUGGCAUACGCUCUCACCCAUUAAUCGUGAUAAGUUACUGCUCUAUGGUGGUUUAGGAUCAAGUGGGGAGCUUUUAGAAAAUGAUGCUUGGAUCAUCGACUUUUCUGACACAAUAUUGAAAUUCAGAAAUUUACGUCCUUCCUUAGAGCAGUCUGGUUUAACAACUGAAGAAAAAAAUCGGCUUUGGCAUGGUGCCACGCAUACUUCUAACAUAGGAGAAGUACAUAUAUCUGGAGGAUAUGCUGAUACAAUAUUUCGAUCUCGUCCACCACUAAGUAGAAAUGUUUUAACUUUCCGUGAUAGGCCUUUGCCUCUUUACAAAUUAUGUCUAAUUAAGAUUAUGAGGCAAUUGAAGUUUUAUGAGCCAGUAAUUAAGAGUCGUGGUGAUGGGGAAUUGAUGGAUUUAAUUCGUGGCAUAUAA